AGUAUUAAUUAUAAUCGAAUAAUCGAUGUAUUGAUGUACCAAAGCCACUAUAAAGAAUAUAUUCAAUCCUACAAUACCAUAAAUUGUUACUCUUGACGUAUUUUCUUUUGUUGAAAAUAAAUAAAAAUAAUAAUAAUAAAAUAUAAAAAAAAGCUUAGUAUUUUCACUAAAAAAUACCUUAAAUUUUUCAUUCAUUUAAAAAAACAAAAAGAAAUUGGCAUAUAAUCUUGUUUUUGCCCUGUAUUCUUCGCAUGCUCUUUCUUCACCACAUUCAUAACGCCGUCACCGGAAAACAUGCGAAAACUCCGGCAAGCUGUCUCCCUAACUCGUUUUUCUCUUUCUUCUCUGCAAUGCCAUCCAAAAAUGGCGUCUUUCACACCCACCAAAUUCCUUCCUUCUAGAACCCUAUGCAAUCUUCUGGAAUCACCACUUCCAUCAUCUUCUUCUUCACUGCGUUCUUUCUAUGCUGCUUUUCUUUGCAAUUCUAGAACUUUCUCUACCAAUGUUGUCGAUGAAUCUCAAGUUCCCGCUCCCAUUGAUUAUAGUUCUGUGCUUCAGGAAGACGAGUUUCAUCGGCUAGCGGAUUCCACCAUACAUCAUCUGCUCGAGAAACUCGAGGAAUAUGGUGAUACUGUUGAUGUUGAUGGGUUUGACGUAGAUUAUGGGAAUGAAGUUCUCACCAUGAAACUAGGGGAUCUGGGCACUUACGUGGUGAAUAAACAGACGCCAAACAGACAGAUCUGGUUGUCUUCUCCAGUAAGUGGUCCUUCAAGAUUUGAUUGGGAUCCCAGCUCUCAAGCCUGGGUUUAUCGACGAAAUAAAGCAAAUUUGCUGGGAAUUUUAGAGGUCGAGCUGAAGCAGCUGUGUGGUGAAUCUGUCAACCUCUCUUAAUCUUUUAUUCAUAUAUUUAUUUGUUCAUUUAAGCUGAUAUGGAGAUAUUCAAAUAAGCAAAUGAAUAAAAAAAAAAUAUGCAUAGGUACGCCUAGAAUACAUUUGUACCUGGGUACAUGUAAGAAUUUUUACCCCUCUUUUAUUUUAACAUAGUUAUGCAGUAUUUUUUUUUUUCUAUUGAUGAAUAAUUAUUAAGAAUUUUCUAUAGCUGAAUAAUUAUUAAGAAUUUUAAUUUCAGGUUUUUUGGCA